UCGUAUUCCAGAACUUUGGGUCCAUCUUGACAGUCGCGUCGCGCGUUGUGUUUUUUGUGAUUGUAAUAAGUAUAAAUAGUUAAACUUAAAAUGGCCCCAGAAAUUAAAUACACAAAGUUGUUCAUUGACAACGAAUGGGUGGACGCAAAGAGUGGUAAAACCUUCGAGACUUACAACCCUCAUGAUGGAUCCGUCAUCGCCAGAGUCGCUGAGGGAGAUAAGGAAGAUGUAGAUUUAGCAGUAGCAGCAGCAAAGCGUGCAUUCCACCGCAACUCUGAGUGGCGCCAGAUGGAUGCCUCCAAACGAGGGGAAAUACUUUACAAAUUUUCUGAACUCGUAGAAAGGGACCAGAAGUACCUUGCUGAACUUGAAUCUUACAACAAUGGUACAGUGCUUAAAUUCGCCUACGGAAUUGUUUCCGGAGCCAAGAACACUAUCAGGUACUUUGCAUCUUGCGCUGAUAAAGUAACAGGAGAGACCAUCCCCUCGGAUGGUGAAGUUUUCUCUUACACCCUGAGACAACCUGUGGGCGUGUGCGCUUUAAUUCUGCCAUGGAAUGCCCCAAUUGCUAUGUUCCUUAGCAAAGUUUGCACAGCUCUUGCUGCAGGUUGUACCGUGGUGGUUAAGCCAGCGGAGCAAACCCCACUAACAGCACUCGUGCUUGCGGCACUUCUAGCCGAAGCUGGCCUUCCCAAGGGAGUAGUUAAUGUCAUCAAUGGUUUUGGACCUGGUGCCGGUACCAGCCUCACUCACCACAGAGAUGUUGCUAAAGUGUCUUUCACUGGCUCUGUCGAGGUCGGAAAACUGAUUCAGCAGGCGUCGGGUGCCAGUAACUUGAAGAGGGUCACUCUCGAACUUGGUGGAAAGAGCCCUCUUAUCAUCAUGAACGACGCUGACUUGAAUGUUGCUGUUCCCUAUGCCGGUAAUUCGGUAUUCUCCCUUCAAGGACAAAUGUGCAUAGCAGCGUCCCGUUUAUACGUACAAUCUGGCAUCUAUGACAAAUUCGUUGAAGCUGCCGUUAAGCACGCACAAAGCAUCAAAGUUGGAGACCCAACAGAUGCCACCUCACAGAAUGGACCUCAGAUUGACGAGACCAUGAUGAACAAAGUUUUGGGAUACAUCGAAAAGGGAAAAAAGGAAGGUGCUAAAUUAAUGUGUGGUGGUAACAGAAUCGGUUCAUCUGGUUACUACAUUCAGCCUGCUGUAUUCGCUAACGUCACUGAUAACAUGACCAUCGCAAAGGAGGAGAUCUUUGGCCCAGUACAAAGUAUUCUGAAGUUUGACACUUUGGAGGAAGCUAUUGACCGAGCUAACUCUACAAACUACGGAUUAGCAGCUGGAGUAUUCACAACCGAUCUUAACAAUGCUCUACAAUUCUCCAAACACGUUGAAGCUGGCAUUGUUUGGGUUAACACAUAUCUGCACUUCACACCACAGCAGCCAUUCGGAGGAUUCAAAGAAUCUGGAAUUGGUCGUGAGAAUGGUUUAGACUCAUUACUUGCUUACACCGAGGUGAAGACUGUCGCCGUAAGUUUACCAAAGAAAGUCUAAAGUUGUAUACAUUGUUGUUCCUUUUAAGAGUCACAAGAAAGGUAUACCUAGUAUUGAAGCUUAUGAAAUUAUAUUGUUAUAAUUACUUACU